AUGCAGAAGGAGAUUGAUCAUCUAAAGAGAAGCUUACGCCACAAGCACAGAAAGCGAGCUCCUUCCAAUUUUGACUACUUUUCUGAUGAUGAGGAGGACAAAGACUACAGACAAAGGUCAAGAACUCCCUCCAGGGAAUCUUUCUCAUAUGACGAAGAUUACCGCCAUGGACGCAAAAACAAUAAUUCAUCUUCGAGAGGCCUGGUAAAUGUCGCUAUGAGUAAAGCACUCAAUCAAAUUUCCAAAUCACCCUUCAUCCGCUGGAUUGAGGAAGGGAGACUUCCUCGGUGGUUCACUCAACCCACUUUCACCUUGUGUAACGGCAGAACGAACUCUGUUGAACAUGUUAGCCACUUUAAUCAAAAGAUGGCUGUACAUUCCAAGAAUGAAGCCUUGAUGUGCAAGGUUUUUUCCUCCAGUUUGGGGCCUAUGGUGAUGAGGUGGUUUGAUGGUCUGAAGGCAGGUUCCAUCAGUUUCUUUAAGGAACUCACCCAAACGUCUGGGUCCUGUUUUAUUACGUGCAUCAGAGCUUCUCGUCCUUUGGCUUCUUUACUAUCUCUGUCCAUGAGAGAGGGAGAAACUUUGAAAACAUACUCGGAUCGAUAUUGGGAGAUGUUCAACGAGAUAAAAGGUGAUUUUAAAGACGUGGCCAUCAGAACUUUCAAGCUCGGCCUGCCUGCAGAGUACGGCUUAAGGAAGUCUUUGACGGGGAAACUUGUUACUAGUAUAUGUCAACUCAUGGAUCGGAUUGACAAGUAUAAGAGGGUUGAAGAAGACCAGUUGCAAGAUAAGGGGAAGAGCAAGGUUAUCCCUUAG